CAACUCCAGCGCAGAUCUGUUUCUGCAGGGUAGAGUAAAGAGCACAGACAGAAAAAAACUAGGGCUCAAAUGAAGAGAGAAAAGUUCACAUAGACAACAAAAGCAGGCCAAGAGAGAAAGCUGCGGCUGACAGGCACUUUCAAAGGCAGGGAGAUAAAAAGCAAGGAGAAAGUCAGGGUGAGAGACGGGCGGAGAGUGGAGAGAUAUAUUCAGUUUUAAAAAAGAAUGGGCUUCCUAGUGAGCAGUGCUGCUCUUCUCUUAACCUCCCUGCUGGCUUUGCUCUUUGGAGUUUCCUCAGUCUUCAGCCAGGACCUGAGAGAAAGAGAUGCGCUGUGCAAUUCGGACGGCUGCUUUGUGGUCUACUUCCAACGCAAGACCUUUCUGGACUCAUGGAGGGCCUGUAAGGAGAAAGGUGGCAACCUAGCUACAAUCAAACGCAAGGAUGAUGCCACUGUUAUUGCCAAUCUCUUCUCUACCAUUGACUUGCGCCACUCGCGCACCGAGGUCCGGGUAUGGAUAGGUCUGCAGCGUCAGCCUCGCCAGUGUACCACCACACGCCCACUGCGGGGUUUCUCUUGGACUACUGGUGACCAGGACACAGAGUAUACCAACUGGCAGAAAGAAGACUCCCCCCACAUGUGCUCGGUGCCACGCUGUGUGGUAAUGGGCUACAGCACUCAAGAGCAGGAUGACAACUUUAAAUGGCUGGAUGGUUCCUGCUCUGUCUCUGUAGAUGGGUAUCUUUGCCAUUAUGCCUACAAAGGAAUGUGCACUGCCUUGUGGAGUGAAGGGGCAGGUAAUGCCCUCUACACCACACCCUUUAACCUUCUAAGCACUCUACUAACCCAUGUACCAUUUGGAUCUGUUGCUACUGUACCCUGUCCAGCAGAUACCAAGGAAGAACAGUCAGUUUUGUGUAUGCUAAAGGAAGAUGGCUCAGUGGGGUGGUCUAGAGAUUCUCCCCUCUGCUCCAAUCCCCCUGUAUCACACAGCUCGUGUGACAAGAAUAACGGCGGAUGUGAGCAUUUCUGCAGGCCAGCUGGUGUUCACUUUUACUGUGAGUGCGUCGAUGGUUAUCAGCUAGCAGACAAUGGGCAGAACUGUGAACUGUCUGAUGUUUGUCAAGGGGCCUCCUGUGAGUUUGAGUGUCUGCCCCUCUCAGAUGGGUACCGUUGUGCCUGUCCUGAAGGAUACAUGCUUGCACCAGAUGAACGUGGCUGUCUGGAUGUAGAUGAGUGCCUCCAGAGUCCUUGUGAGCAUAUUUGUGUGAAUGCUCCCGGGACAUUUGAAUGCCAAUGCCGGGAGGGUUACAAUCAAGAUGACGAAGUUGGAUGUGAGGAUAUAGAUGAGUGUAUAAAUGACCCAUGUGAACAUGCCUGUGAGAACACUCCAGGCUCUCAUAUCUGCCACUGCCAUCUGGGUUUUUCCCCAGUGCCUGAGGACCCCAGCCGAUGCCAAGACACUGACGAGUGCCAGAUCCCUGGAACUUGUGAGCAGAUGUGUGUGAAUUAUGAGGGUGGAUUUGAAUGCUACUGUGAGGAAGGUUAUGAACUGAUGUCUGAUCACUACUCGUGUCACAAGAGAGGGGAUGGAAAUGACCAAUCUGCUGUCACUCCUCCUUUUCCUUGGGUCACCCACCAGCCUGGACCUGUAUGGGACCCAGUUGACUACUGGAACCCACAGCAGAGCCACACUGACUGGCCUAUGGAGGAGGACCAAUCUCUGGACUGGCUGACUGACCCACCCCGGGUUUUGGAUUCUGAUGUAAUUUGGGUCACCAGUGCACCUCAGGAGGACCUCCCCAUUGAUUUAGCACUGGACUCUCCAACAGAAGAGGCUGAGGAAGAGGAGGACAACAUAGGUAAUGGUGAAGCUGACUGGUUGGAGUGGGGGCUGGGAUCUCAGUCUGAGCUGGGGGUUUUGCCAAUCACCAGUUACACCACACCUCCACCCGCCACAGACCCCAGUACAACUACAGAGUGGUACGGAGAUGAUGAUGAGGAGACCACCACAGCUCUCCCCUUCCUUUCCACUUCUACAAUCUCUGAGGGAGCUUGGAAUUGGUGGCCAGGGCUCACCACUUCCAGCCAGAAACCAGGAAAUCCAGAGGAUUCAGUCAUAGACCACAACAUGCCUACGGAUUCCAGUUACCACAAUGUGGGAGAAGAACAGUACCCCCUGAGGGAAAACUCCAACUUCCCAGGGGAGGAGUUCAGGGAGCAGGAAAAAGGCUAUGUGGAGAUCACACACUCCCAAGACUCAGUUGUUCCCACCCAUCUUAUUCCUUCCCAGCCACCCCCGAGUGUGGGUGGCAUUCUGGAUUCUGUAGAGGAGGAUAGGGAAAAGAACAGCACCUGGCUGCUGGUGGGCCUCCUAGUGCCCAUCUGUAUCUUCAUUGUGGUGAUGGUGGCGCUGGGCAUUGUCUACUGCACGCGCUGUGCUGUUCAGCCACGCAACAAGAAUGCCACUGACUGCUACCACUGGAUCUCUGGAGCUCAUGAUAAACAGGGAGUUCCCAACCCCUCAGCAGGGGUCAAGACCCAUGUUUAAGAAGACAGGAGAGAAACUAACAUUUAAAUAAACAGACUGUGCUUCAGAGGUAAGCAGGAGUGAAUAAUGGACUUGUCAAGGGGACAAGCUAAAUGUUUUACCCGCUCUGACUGUGGAACUGCCCACUGUUUGAACAGAUUUGGAUUUUACUGUUAAAUAUCAAUUGAUAAAGGAGGGGAAGGGAGACUGAAAACCACUGACCUUUUUUGGUAUGGAGUUCCCAUGUGAUACAAACUGCUUUGAUGUGUCAUACACUGAGCACACAGCACAAGAUCGGAUUACUUCAUGAUUGCACUAGGCUAUGUCAUUAUAAUAUAUUACCGGCUUAAUUAGUAAUGUCAAACAGUCUGCUAAUAUCUGAGAAUAAUGUUUGUAGUCAUCUAUUAAUUUCAGCAUUUCACAGCUGGAGCCAGAUCCUGCAAAGAGCCUCUGAAAUCAGUGUACUGAUGGCAAAAGCAUUCUGCCUUAUUGUGAUAGUAAAACUUUCCUAUGAAGUUUCUUCACAGCAAAAUCCUCAGGCUCUGUUCAUUUCAAUAGCAUAUCACUGUAGAUAACUGUUACUGUCAACUGUGUCAAAGGGAUUUAGAUGCAAUUUUAGUUCAAAUCAGCAGUGGGUGAAAGGGGACUGUAAGCAAAUAUCCCUUCAAGAUAAGACAUUCUACAGUCACAUGAUAAUGCUGGGAAAACAAUCAUUUGAAAAUCACUGUGUCGGAGUUGAAUGGUUAAUAAGAGAGCAAAACUGUUUUUGUAUAUAGUGGUUCUUUACGUUGAUUUAUGUUUGUUUCAUACUUGUCAUCAGCCAUUAAAAAAUGUAGCAAUUUCAAUAAUUCAAUGACAUACCUUUUUUAUAUAGUUUAAGAGCACUUCUCUUUUCUUUGACUUGUUUUGGAAAUAGGUUGAAGUGCAGAUGUUCACACUGCACAGGGAAUGGUCUAUAGGCCAGUGAUUGACAUUAGCUUUGACACUGUUCAUGAAAUGGCCAUCAGUCACCCUUUCUAACCCUAACUCAUUAAUACACCCAAGAAUGCUUUUUCUUAUUUUCUUCUUAGUCCAGCCCAGAUAUGUUGGAUCUCAGAUCCCACAGUCAAAAAUGAAAAAUAACACAGGGGAAGCUACACUGACUUUUUGCAGAUGUGUUCAUUGGACAUUAGGGUGUAUGAAUUUUAUAGACCAAAGAAUAAACAAAUCCAAAAUGUGAUGCAUUUAGAAGUUAAAAACAACUUUAAUUUAAGGGAUAAAUUAUGAUUUAAUGACUUGGGAAAGAAAGUGCCAUUACAAUUUACACAUGAAAUAUGCCUUUAUUUUACUGAUAGACUGUGAAAUACAGGAAACAUCUGAUGCCUUUGCUUCUGUUACAUGUUAAGAAAUUGUGAAUUAAAAAGUAUGACAAGGGUUGAGUGUGACAGCUUAUUAUUGACUUUGGAAAUAGUAGUUUGACAAAUCAUUUCUUAACUUGAGGUUCACUUACUGGCUUAUAAUGGAGCUUCUCAGAGUCUUCAUUAGGGGGUGAAGUUUGAUCAGCUGUUAUGGCAAUAGCUCUGUUGCUAUCAGUGAUUUAAGUAGCGAACUACCAUCUGCUUAGGAAGACCAUGAAAUAGUUUGAAAGCUCCAGAAAAAGGUAGUAGUGAACCUCAGGUUCAUUUCUUUUUGUCAAAGAUGGUGGUUUUAUGGAUGAUGUUGAUGUGCUUGUGCAUUAUUGUGUUAGUUGUCACUACUCUGAUCUUUUGAAGCGUUUUGUCUAUAUUCUUGUCAUUCAUCCUUU